GCAGAAGCACGAGAGGAAAAGUUCCCUUCCCCACCCACUCGUCGGAACCAACCAAACCCUAGCGGCGCGCGCGCGCACGCCUCCCACCCCACCCGCGCCGUCCUCCUCCGCCCAGAUCCGGCCGAUCGGUGCCAUGGCGCUGCGCUACCUGGCCAGGAAGGUCGGUAGCCCCGCUCUCCGGCGGGCUUCGGUCCCCCGCGUGUUGCCGUCGGCGGACGCACCUCGGCCUCUCACCUCCGGCCCUUAUCAGGGCCUUCGUCAUUAUGCAACACCAUCCAGUGAAGCAGUGGGCUCGGAAUUGGAUGCACCCAAGGUGAAGCGUAAUCGAUCAAGUAUCUCAAAGAAAAGCGGAACAGCCAUGAUGCUUCCACUCCAUCUCCAUUACGAAGAUGUACUUCGUCAGGAUCUGUUGCUCAAACAGAAUCAUGCCAAUAUCAUGCAAGUUCCUGGAUUGUAUGAGAUCAGAUUAGUACCAAAAGCAGGUUCUGAUUUGAGGGUCCCAAUCGGAAAAUUGGCAAUGGAGAUUUUGAGCGGCCAGAGAUUCAAAGAGGCACAAGUUGACCCUUUUGCUAAAGCAAGAAAGUCUGCUCGAACCAAUCCAUUCAUUGGGGCUGGCAAAGACAGUGGCAGCGUCUUUGCACGACAGAGUGUUCUCCGAGGGCAUGCAAUGUACAAUUUCUUGGUCAGAAUGUUGACAGUGAUGUCAAUGCUUGAUUCUCGGGCCGAAAUUCGGGAAAACACCAUAAAGUUCUUCAUGGAGACGGAGUUCUGUGAGUUCUCCCCGGAACUGGAAGACCACUUUGAGAUCUUUGAGCAUAUCCGAGGGUUCAACGUAACUAUUGUCACUUCAGCCGACACAAAAGAUGAGACCUCACUACUGUGGAGUGGCUUCAUGCUAAAUGAUGAGGGGGAAACCAAGUAAGUUGACUGUUUGGCAGUGGCUGAAGGCAGUCGCUGAUGUCAAAAUGGUUCUGGAGUUUUGGUGGUUCUUGCUCAAGGAGUAGAAUGCAGCAUCCAUCUGUUUUGUAGACUGAGUGAAGCCUGCGUGAUUGUUAUUUCUUAUUUGUAGCGAUGUAUGGAGCUCAUGUUUGAUUACUAACAUCUAGUACUAUGGACUUAAUAAUCUAGGCUCGAAAAGUGUCUUUCGCUUAUUUCUGUGGUUCCUGAUGUGGCAGUUAUAUAGAAUGCUCGUUUCUGUUUGUCAAAACCAUUGCAAGAGAGGGAAAUGAAACGGAGCUCAUCUUUACUACAUGUAGUACUGUGAACUUAUUAUUGGUUCAAGUUCCAUUUUGCUUGUCUCUGGCUCCUGUCCUGUAACAUGGAAAACCUGGUUGUUUCUCGAAAAUCACUGUAAUAGGGCACAUUUCCUUGUCUUA